CUGCCGCUGCCGCUGCUUUGGCUGCUGCGUCAUACGCCCCAGAGCCGCCGGGACGGAGGGGCUGGGCCUGGGGACCCCCCGGCCUCCGCCUGCACGCCCCCCGACGCCCGGACGUGCCCUCCCCGCUUGGGGGGCUAGCCUAGGUCUCCUACGUCUGCCCCUGCCCGGCUCCCGGCGGCCCCAGCUGUCACCGGUAAGGAGGCGGCAGGAGGCGCCGGUGGGGGGCAGGGAGCCGGGGGUCGGCGCGCAGGGCGCGGGCGGGAGAACCUCGCCGCCCUGGCCUCGGGUCCGGGCUGGGCCGACUCAAGUCCCUUCUCGGACUUGCAGUCGUGGGGAGUACAGACAGGGAUUGGGACACGCCCCCCUCCCGGGGCACUCAGGGAAGUUCUCUAACCUGGGGGCUUGGAGCCCCGAAUUUGAGGAUAACCUGACAUAACCUGGCAUCAGGGUAAUUGUUCUUAACGAGACACACAGGCCAGGGGAACCAGCUGUUUCCACUCUGGAAAACAUCUCCAGAAAAGCUCCCCAAACACAUCUCCGGGCAACAGAGCACCCCAAUUAUGAUACCUCUAAACAACAGGGGAAGGUGAAACUGAGUGGUAACCUUUGCUUCUGCAACCAUCAUUUCUCCUAACAUCUAAAGGCCCCCCCAGGAUGCAAUGGCGCAGCCCCCCCGGCUGAGCCGCUCUGGUGCAUCCUCACUUUGGGACCCAGCUUCUCCUGCUCCCACCUCUGGCCCCAGGCCUCGACUUUGGGAGGGUCAAGAUGUGCUGGCCAGAUGGACUGAUGGGCUGCUAUACUUGGGCACCAUCAAGAAGGUGGACAGUGCUCGGGAGGUGUGUCUGGUCCAGUUUGAGGAUGAUUCCCAGUUUCUGGUUCUAUGGAAGGACAUUAGCCCUGCUGCCCUUCCUGGGGAGGAACUCCUCUGUUGUGUCUGUCGCUCUGAGACUGUGGUCCCUGGGAAUCGGCUGGUCAGCUGUGAGAAGUGUCGCCACGCUUAUCAUCAGGACUGCCAUGUUCCAAGGGCCCCAGCCCCUGGAGAGGGAGAGGGCACUUCCUGGGUCUGCCGCCAGUGUGUCUUUGCAAUCGCCACCAAGAGGGGAGGUGCACUGAAGAAGGGCCCUUAUGCCCGGGCCAUGCUGGGUAUGAAGCUUUCUCUGCCAUAUGGACUGAAGGGGCUGGACUGGGACGCUGGACAUCUGAGCAACCGACAGCAGAGCUACUGUUACUGUGGUGGCCCUGGGGAGUGGAAUCUGAAAAUGCUACAGUGCCGGAGCUGCCUGCAGUGGUUCCAUGAGGCCUGCACCCAAUGUCUAAGCAAGCCCCUCCUCUAUGGGGACAGGUUCUAUGAGUUUGAAUGCUGUGUGUGUCGGGGGGGCCCUGAGAAGGUCCGGAGGCUACAGCUUCGCUGGGUGGAUGUGGCCCAUCUUGUCCUCUAUCACCUCAGCGUUUGCUGUAAGAAGAAAUACUUUGAUUUUGACCGCGAGAUCCUCCCCUUUACUUCUGAGAAUUGGGACAGUUUGCUUCUGGGGGAGCUUUCAGACACUCCCAAGGGAGAACGUUCUUCCAAGCUCCUCUCAGCUCUCAACAGCCACAAGGACCGUUUCAUUUCAGGGAGGGAGAUUAAGAAGAGGAAAUGCUUGUUUGGUCUCCAUGCUCGGACCCCUCCCCCAGUGGAGCCCCCUACUGGAGAUGGAGCCCCCACCAGCUUCCCUUCAGGGCAGGGCCCUGGGGGAGGGGUCUCACGUCCCCUGGGGAAGCGCCGGAGGCCGGAGCCAGAGCCCCUGAGGAGGAGGCAGAAGGGGAAAGUGGAGGAGCUGGGGCCACCCUCAGCAGUGCGCAAUCAGCCCGAGCCCCGGGAGCAGAGGGAGCGGGCUCGUCUGCAGAGGGCACUGCAGGCCUCAGUGUCUCCACCACCUCCCAGCCCUAACCAGAGUUACCAGGGCAGCAGCGGCUACAACUUCCGGCCCACAGAUGCCCGCUGCCUGCCCAGCAGCCCCAUCCGGAUGUUCGCUUCCUUCCACCCUUCUGCCAGCACCGCAGGGACCUCUGGGGAUGGUGAACCCCCAGACAGGUCACCCCUGGAACUUCACAUUGGUUUCCCCACAGACAUCCCUAAAAGUGCCCCCUACUCGAUGACUGCCUCGUCUUCCUCAGUCCCAGCCCCAGCCCCAUCCCCAGGUCUUCCUAGACGCUCAGCACCCUCUUCUCCCCUGUGUCGUAGUUUGUCUCCUGGGACUGGGGGAGGAGUCCGAGGUGGGGUUGGCUACCUGUCCCGAGGGGACCCUGUCCGGGUCCUUGCUCGGAGAGUACGGCCUGAUGGCUCUGUGCAGUACCUGGUUGAGUGGGGAGGAGGGGGCAUCUUCUGAACAGCCUGCCUCUGCUGCCUCCCCAUUCACACACACCGGCACUUUCGUACCCUGACCUCUGACCUCACCUACAGCUGGGAUGUACCUGGAGAUAGGGAGUAGUUCUCCCUACUACCCAGGCUGGAAUCCAAGUGGGGGGUGGUGUGGAAGAGGCUCUCUCUUCUCUGCCUUCCUUCAUGAUUCCUGACCACCCCAUCCUUCUUCCCAUUUCCUUUGAUGUUAUUUUGUUACAACUUUUAAAAUAUUUUUUAAAAUUAUUUAACCCCUGGGGGCAGAGACUGAGGGGGGAGGGAAGGGAUCCCAGACUCUGUAUGAUUGAAAUAAAGAGAAAUAAUUAAAU